GUUGCGCCGCCAAGCACCCCAAGCGCGGCCCGCGUUGAACCAGGCGUCGCUGCCGGGCAUGCGACGGCCAGCCAGCCACAAACUUCCAUGGGCGCCGCCACUGUGGGCGCCGCGAUGCUCGCUGCGGGCUGCGCGACCCGAGUCACGGCCAAGGGCAAGGGACAGCGCAAAGCGGUGAAGUUGGCAGCUGUGAGCACUGACACGGAGGUGGAGACCGACUGCAUCAACUCCAUCCGGUUUCUGGCCGUAGAUGCUGUGAACAAGGCCAAUUCUGGCCAUCCUGGCGCGCCCAUGGGCCAGGCACCCAUCGGCUAUCUGCUCUUUGCGGAGGAGAUGGCCUACAACCCCAAGGAUCCGACCUGGGUCAACCGUGACCGCUUCGUGCUUUCCUCCGGCCAUGGCUGCAUGCUGCAGUACUCCCUGCUGCACCUUGCCGGCUACGAUAGCGUGGCCAUGGAUGACCUCAAGCAGUUCAGGCAGUGGGGUUCCAAGACACCUGGCCAUCCAGAGAAUUUCGAGACGGCCGGAAUCGAGGUCACCACCGGGCCUCUGGGCAUGGGAAUCUCCAAUGCCGUUGGCUUGGCAGCCGCUGAGGCACACGUGGCGGCAACCUACAACAAGCCGGAUUUCACGCUGAUCGAUCAUUACACCUACACCAUUGCAGGAGAUGGCUGCAUGCAGGAGGGUAUCUCGCACGAGGCCUGCGCUUACGCCGGGCACCUGGGGCUUGGAAAGCUCAUCGCCUUCUAC